CUCAGAGAACGUCAUCGGACAGAGGGGGUGGGGGCAGGGAAGCUUUCAUAGAAAGCCUUCUAGGAUGAAGCACCACAAACCAGAGAGGAGUUCAAGGUCAGUGAGCCCAUCUGUACCCCUUCCCUCUCCUGGGAGCUAAAGGACAGCGCAGAGCAAGCAGAGGGAGCCCCAGCCACUCGGACCUGUGCAGCCUCCUGGGAACGAUGCGGUCCCUCCUGCUCCUGCUGGCCUUUUGCCUGCCUUCCAGGGCCAAGGCAGGAGAGAUCAUCGGGGGACAUGAGGCCAAGGCCCACUCCCGGCCCUAUAUGGCAUAUCUUAGGAUCCAGAAUCAGGAUGGGGAGACUAAGUGUGGAGGGUUCCUGAUACAGGAGAACUUCGUGCUGACCGCCGCUCACUGUUGGGGAAGCUCCGUCAAGGUCACCCUGGGGGCCCACAACAUCCAGAAACAGGAGAAGACCCAGCAGGUCAUCCCCGUGAAAACAGCCAUCCCCCACCCAGACUAUAAUCCGAAGAACUUUUCCAACGACAUCAUGUUACUGAAGCUGGAGAGAAGGGCCCAGCAGACUGCCGCUGUGAGGCCCCUCCGCCUGCCCGGGACCAAGAACCGGGUGAGGCCAGGACAGGUGUGCAGUGUGGCCGGCUGGGGGCGGGUCGACGCCCUGAUACGCCGGUACCCAGACACUCUGCAGGAGGUGAGGCUGACGGUGCAGGACGAUCAGGAGUGCAAAUCCCGCUUCCCCAAGUAUUACGACCGCACCAUUCAGCUGUGCGUGGGGGACCCGAACGAAAAGAAGUCUUCCUUUCGGGGGGACUCUGGGGGCCCUCUCGUGUGUAACAAUGUGGCUCAGGGCAUUGUCUCCUUUGGACGAAAAGAGGGGACACCUCCACGUGUCUACACCAAAAUCUCAAGUUUCCUGCCCUGGAUAAAGAAAACCAUGAAAAGUCCCUACCUACAGGAACCAGACUAUUUGCUCCGCUGAUCCAGAAUCGCCCUGGGAAGGGAGGCAGGGAAGGUGCCAGCAAUUGAAUAAAUGUCUCUUACCUGAGUG